AGCUGCAGGAGCCGGGGAGGGAGGGGGAAGCGCACCGCCGCGCCGCCGCCACAGGGACAUGGCGCUGCCCGAGCAGGAAGCCAUCCGCGAGUUCGUGACGGUGACGGGCGCCGAGGAGGAGCGGGCCCGCUUCUACCUAGAGUCCGCCGACUGGGACCUGGAGCUGGCUCUAGGCAGCUUUUUUGAAGAAGGUGGUGAUGAUGAUGUUAUAACCCUUCCUCAGCCUGAAUCCAGCACCAGUUCCAGAACUGUGCCAAGUGACGUCCGAGUAACCUCGUUCAGAGAUUUGUGGAAUGAAGAGAAAGAUGACGAUGAUGAUGAAGGCCAAAGGUUUUAUGCCGGUGGCUCUGAAAGAAGUGGGCAACAAAUUGUCGGUCCUCCAAAAAAGAAAAAUCCUAAUGAAGUUGUAGAAGACCUUUUCAAAGGAGCAAAGGAACAUGGUGCAGUUGCUGUUGAACGAGCUGGCAGAGGUCCUGGAGAAUCCAGUAAAUCUAAGCCGUUCGGUGGUGGUGGUUACCGUUUGGGAGCGACCGAGGGGGAGCAGUCUUCAUAUGUAACGGGGGAGCGGAGAUCAGAUGCGGCACAAGAUGUUCAUGUUAUACUGAAGCUUUGGAAAAGUGGUUUCAGUGUUGAUAAUGGUGAGCAGAGAAAUUAUACUGACCCGACAAAUGCUCAGUUUUUAGAAGCUAUUAGGCGAGGUGAGAUUCCGCUGGAGCUGCGGAGAUUGGCUCGAGGUGGGCAGGUGAACUUGGACAUGGAGGACCAUCGCGACCAAGACUUUGUGAAGUCAAAGGCAACAUUUAAGGCAUUUGGAGGCGAAGGUCAAAAGUUGGGGAGUGCCACUCCUCAGCUGGUCACCACAACUACUCCAGCCCAGCAAGCGGAAAAUGAAGCCAAGGCCAGUUCUUCUGUAGAUCUAAGUGAAGCGGAACAAACUACCAGUAUCCAGAUACGACUUGCAGAUGGGGGGCGUCUUGUUCAGAAGUUUAACCUCACACACAGGAUUCAGGAUAUUCGGCAUUUUAUUAUCGAUGCCCGUCCAUCUCUGGCUUAUACUCCAUUUGUGCUGAUGACCACCUUCCCCAGUGAAGAGCUGACAAAUGAGGACAAAACCGUAAAAGAUGCCAACCUGAUGAAUGCCGUAAUAGUACAGAGGCUGAAAUGAAUGCCGUCUCCGUCAAACCUUCCGUUUGUGGAGUACUUGAACUGUUCAGACUUUCCAUUAGUUAAACUCACUGGUUGUGAUAAAUUGGAGACAAUGCUUUUAGACAAAACGGUUUACCCUUGAGGUUAUUCAUGUGCUCAUUCGGUUACACAGCUUUCGGCGUGACUUUGUGAUAAAACUUUAAUUGCGCAUUUGAUUUAUAAUUUUUUUUUGUUGCCGUUUUUAAGUGAAAACAUUACACAUUUGAAGUUCAAAUUCACCAUUAUAAGUUGAUGCAUCCCAACUAACUCUAAUUCUCUGUGACUGCUAUGUAUAGGAGAAGGUGUACCUUGAUAGAAAAUUGCAUUCUAAAAAUCAAACCAAAUUUUAAACAUACUAUGUUUGUGAAAUGUGUCCUGUACCAAGCAUUGUUCAUCUUGUACACUGCUGCAUUGAAUGAAUAAUCUGACAACAAUGUUAUUGUGAGUUUUAUUUUCAGCCUGGGUUAUAACUUUCUUUGUAGAAUGGUUUGCAGAAAAACGAUCACCAAAUUUUAUUUUUUUUCCCCCCUAUGCCCAUUGAGGUUUCAUAAUGAACUUCAGUUGCUGUUGACAAUUAGAGAGAUUGUCUUCAUUUCCCCCCAUCUUGUUGGUGGAGCUUUUUUCUGGUUAAUCUAAUUCAAUUUAUUAGAUCAUAAAAUGAGUUUGUUUUUCAAAAAUCCUCCUCAAGUAGACAUUUAAGUUUCAUUUUAGCAAUGAUUUAGGACUUAGAAUUUCUUCCAUUUUGACUGAAGACAUUUUUAUUUACUUUCUGUAUGUGGACAUUCACUAACCAGUGGAAAGAACCCAAGAACUGUAUAACUCUUCUUUAUCUCGAAAGCCUCACGUAGUAAUCGGAUAUAGAAUCGGAAUCAAACCCCAUCCGUUUUCUCUUUGAUGAUGGAGGUUGUGGACUUUUGAGUUUGGCAUUAUCGCCUCUUUAAUAGAAAGUGCCUUUCUCUCUGACCAGACAUAUAAUGGCCAUCACAACAACCCAAGAUGGCUUUUUAAAAAAACAACCAGUUUACUUUCAUGUAAGAAAAAAGAUCCAAUAUGCUGGAGAAACUCACUCAGCGAGUCAGACAGCUUCUCUGGAGAACAUAGACAGGUGAUGAUUUGGGUCUGGACCCUUCUCCAGGCUGCUUGUGGAGGGAUUGGGUUGUAGGGGGGGAGAGAACUGGAAGAGAAGGGAGGUCAGGACAAAGCCUAGUUGAGGGAGUUUUUGACAGGCAGCUGGUUGGACAAUGGCCAGAGAUUAAAGGACAGAUGGUGUGAGGCAGAAGUAUUGGAGAGUUGUGAAGCUAGAGGAAAGAAUGUCGGUGGAGAGGGGAGAACUAGGUGGGAGUCCAUGUGGGUCACAGGAGAGAGGUGCAGGAAAGAAAGGGGAGAGGGUUGGGGUUUUUUUUAGUUACCUAAAAUUAGAGGAUUCAUUGGUAAACCAGCAUCUGCAGUUUCUUGUGUUAAGAUACUUUAACAUUUUUUUUAAAAUGGUAAAACAUACCCCAGGGUACUAUAUGGAAGAAAACAGUGCUGAACAGAAUAAAAGAUAGGCACAAAUGCUGGAGCAACUCAGCGGGGGGGACAGAUGUUUCGGGUCAAGACCGUUCUCGACCCGAAACGUCACCCGUUCCUUCUCUCCAGAGAUGCUGCCUGUCCCGCUAAGUUACUCCAGCAUUUUGCGUCUAUUUUUGGUUUAAACCAGCGUCUGCAGUUCCAUCCUGAGCAGAAUGGAGAUGUGAUGAUCCCGGGGUUUUAAGAGAAUUGUGGAAGAUUUGUGGUGAUGCCACGCCAUUUGGAAAAUGUAAGCAGAUCACACCAUUAAAAUGAUGAUUUCUGCUGGUUAGCCUGGUUGCAACUAUUAUUCUCAGCAUAAGUAACAUCCAAAGCAAAAGAUUACCAUUUUGAACAGUUCACACGUGUCAGUAGAACAUCCACAAUAGUGAACCCUAAGAAUUUAUGCCAAGAUCUAUCGUGACCCACUCCUCCAUUUGGAAGAAAUUAGUUUAUAUUUAUUCAGGAUAGUUCUUCAAACUGAAGUUUUAGCUGCAAUUUGUAGUUAAUUUACCAAGAAAGUGAAGAACACCAGAUAUGGUAAAUGGCUCGCCGUAAUUUUAAAUUUAUUUUCAGUGUUUUAUAAGGCUAUUCACAGAUGAAGGAUUAUUAAAAUGUUUACUUCGUAAUUCCAUUUUAUCAGCUUGUAGAACAGGAACCAAACAAGUUACCCUACUUUGCAACAACAACAAAAAAAAACCUUCUUAUGGGGAGGGGGGAGGUGGGAGUGAUCAUUUAUCUGAAGUUUGAUGAAGUUAGGAAAAUCCAAAGCAACUUGUGGUUCAUUGUUACUGGUGUUUUGAUCUCAAACUUGACAUAAAUUGAACAACCUUCAAUUUGGUAAUAUUUGUCAGAAAGUGUACACUGCAAGAGCAACAUUAAGCCAUAAUGAACUUGUUCCGACAAUCUACCAUAAGGCACACUGUUUACUAAUUACCCCUUGAAUCUGAGUCUCGAUUCAUUUAACUUGAUCUUUUUGCAUGCUUUAUUUAUUAACAGCAGGUGCACACCAGAACCAACACUUGGCAAUGCUCCAGAAAUGUACGUACUAUCGAGUGUUUAGAACAUCUUUUCUCCAUUAAGUGUUCUGUUCAUAUUGGGUAAUCUUUGAUAUGUAACCUGGUACCAUGAUUCGAGUGGGUGGUAUUUAGUUAUUUAAAGAAGGUAAAAGUGAGAAGUUGGUGUACCUUCAGGCAAGAGAAUGAAAAUACAUAUUCAUUAUGUGUGCUUUUAUACCAGACCUAAUGUCUCCAAGACACCAGUGGUUGCUAAAGUAGAUUCAGCCCCUUUGUUGCCCAGUGUACUUUUUAACUAUCGUUAAUUCUGGAUAAAUAGGAAAGUUAGUCUUCGUUCAAGACAUCAUAACGUGCCAUGUAUCAACGUGUAUUUCUCCGUGACAUUGAAUUAAACAUGCACUCUAUUGAA